CCAGCCUCUGCAGACUCCGGACCCUGCAGCCCCAGUCGCCUUCUUCCCUUACUUCGACAGGACCUACCUGGGGGUGGCAGCCUCACUCAAUGGAGGCAAUGUGCUGGCUACGUUUGUCCACAUGCUUGUUCAGUGGAUGGCAGAUCUAGGGUGCACACUGGGCCACAGAGGAUCUGGAAAGGAUGAAGAAAUGGGACAGCUUAGAGUUGGGUGAAUCUGAGUGCUCACCCCAAGAGAACUCCUGCCUGGACCCUCCAGACAGAGACCCUAACUCCAAGCCGCCUCCAGCCAAGCCCCACAUCUUCACUUCCAAAAGUCACACCCGCCUUUUUGGGAAGGGUGACUCAGAGGAGGCUUCCCCUAUGGAUUGCCCUUAUGAGGAAGGCGGCCUGGCCUCCUGCCCUAUCAUCACGGUCAGCUCUGUCGUCACUAUCCAGAGGCCUGGGGAUGGCCCUGCUGCCUGUGUCAGGCAGUCAUCCCAGGACUCUGUCUCCAGCGGUGCUGAGAAGCUGCCCAGGCUCUAUGAUCGUAGGAGCAUCUUUGAAGCUGUGGCUCAGAGUAACUGCCAGGAGCUGGAGAGCCUGCUGGCCUUCCUGCAGAAGAGCAAGAAGCGCCUGACUGACAGCGAGUUCAAAGACCCAGAGACCGGAAAGACCUGUCUGCUAAAAGCCAUGCUCAAUCUGCACAACGGGCAGAAUGACACCAUUGCUCUGCUCCUGGACAUCGCCCGGCAGACUGACAGCCUGAAGCAGUUCGUAAACGCCAGCUACACAGAUAGCUACUACAAGGGUCAGACAGCACUGCACAUUGCCAUUGAAAGGCGGAACAUGGCACUGGUGACGCUCUUGGUGGAGAAUGGAGCAGACGUCCAGGCUGCCGCUAACGGGGACUUCUUCAAGAAAACCAAAGGGAGGCCUGGCUUCUACUUUGGUGAGCUGCCCUUGUCUCUGGCUGCAUGCACCAACCAGCUGGCCAUUGUGAAGUUCCUGCUCCAGAACUCCUGGCAGCCAGCAGAUAUCAGUGCUGGGGAUUCAGUGGGCAACACGGUGCUGCACGCGCUGGUGGAGGUGGCAGAUAACACAGCCGACAACACCAAGUUUGUGACAAACAUGUACAAUGAGAUCCUGAUCCUGGGGGCCAAACUCCACCCUACGCUGAAGCUGGAAGAAAUCACCAACAAGAAGGGGCUCACGCCGCUGGCUCUGGCUGCUAGCACUGGGAAGAUUGGGGUAUUGGCCUACAUUCUGCAGAGGGAGAUCCACGAGCCUGAGUGCCGGCACCUGUCCAGGAAGUUCACUGAGUGGGCCUACGGGCCCGUGCACUCUUCACUGUAUGACCUGUCCUGCAUUGACACCUGUGAGAAGAACUCAGUUCUGGAAGCGAUCGCCUACAGCAGCAGCGAGACCCCCAACCGCCACGACAUGCUUCUGGUGGAACCCUUGAACCGACUCCUGCAGGACAAGUGGGACAGAUUUGUCAAGCGCACCUUCUACUUCAACUUCUUUGUCUACUGCUUGUACAUGACCGUCUUCACCACAGCUGCCUACUAUCGGCCCGUGGAAGGCUUGCCCCCCUAUAAGCUGAAGAACACCGUCGGGGACUAUUUCCGAGUCACUGGAGAGAUCCUGUCUGUGUUGGGAGGAGUCUACUUCUUCUUCCGAGGGAUUCAGUAUUUCCUACAGAGGCGGCCGUCCCUCAGGAGUUUGCUUGUGGACAGCUACAGUGAGACACUUUUCUUUGUACAGUCGCUGUUCAUGUUGGUGUCUGUGGUACUGUACUUCGGCCAACGCAAGGAGUACGUGGCAUCCAUGGUGUUUUCCCUGGCCCUGGGCUGGACCAACAUGGUGUACUAUACCCGAGGAUUCCAGCAGAUGGGCAUCUAUGCUGUCAUGAUUGAGAAGAUGAUCCUCAGAGACCUGUGUCGAUUUAUGUUCGUCUACCUCGUGUUUUUGUUUGGAUUUUCCACAGCUGUAGUGACACUGAUUGAAGACGGCAAGAACAACUCCGUGCCAUCGGAGGCUGAAAUACACAAGUGGUGUGGGCCUUGCUGCAAGUCAAAGUACAAUUCCUACAACAGCCUGUACUCCACCUGCCUGGAGCUGUUCAAGUUCACCAUCGGCAUGGGCGACCUGGAGUUCACCGAGAACUACGACUUCAAGGCUGUCUUCAUCAUCCUGUUACUAGCCUAUGUGGUCCUCACCUACAUCCUCCUGCUCAACAUGCUUAUUGCUCUCAUGGGUGAGACUGUCAACAAGAUCGCUCAAGAGAGCAAGAACAUCUGGAAGCUGCAGAGAGCCAUCACCAUCCUGGAUACAGAGAAGAGCUUCCUGAAGUGCAUGAGGAGGGCCUUCCGUUCUGGCAAGCUGCUGCAGGUGGGCUUCACGCCUGAUGGCAAGGAUGACUACCGGUGGUGUUUCAGGGUGGAUGAGGUGAACUGGACUACCUGGAACACCAACGUGGGCAUCAUCAAUGAAGACCCAGGCAACUGUGAGGGCGUCAAGCGUACCCUGAGCUUCUCCCUGAGGUCAGGCCGAGUUUCAGGGAGAAACUGGAAGAACUUUGCCCUGGUUCCCCUUCUGAGGGAUGCAAGCACUCGAGACAGGCAUAGCACCCAGCCUGAGGAAGUGCACCUGAAGCAUUUCACAGGCUCCCUUAAGCCAGAGGAUGCUGAGCUCUUCAAGGAUUCCAUGGCCCCAGCAGAGAAGUGAGGGACACUAUGCAGGGGUCAAUGCUGGGCCUUUGGAUGGCCCGUUGCUCCUGU